AUGCAGCCACUGGAGAACAUUGCCGGCUACAGUUGGGGUACCGCGGUGCUUGCAUGGACAUACCGUCAGCUUUGCCAGGCCUGUCGUCGCCAGUCAUCGAAUGGAAACCUAGGUGGCUGCUCAUAUCUACUUCAGGUACGGGUGCAUGAAGAUGUUGGACCCGCCACCCUUUUUCUCUGGACAGAUGCUAAGGUAGUCAGGGGCGAGGCAGACAGGAGGUACAGACAGUACACUGACGAGCUAGACGUCACAUGGUCACCGUGGUCUCGGUGGGAGCUAGAGGGGUACCUUAGUCCACGCUGCGAGGAGGAGGAUAGCGAUUGGCUUUACGAUGGCCCACUGAUCUUCUUCCACGUGGUCGAGAUGCACUACCCUUGCAGGGUUUACAGACAGUUCGGGAGGCUGCAGGGGAUUCCACCGCUGUAUUCCACAAACGCUGAGCUGCAUAGGAUUGAUCGUAGGUUUCGGUCCACGCAAAAGGAUUGGGCGGUCAGGCACGAUGCACAUUUGCAGACUUGGUAUCACAGGCAGGUUCCCCUCGUCAACUCACUACCACCGCACGACCCGGCCAGAUGGAUUGAGUACCUACAGUGGCUGCACCGGAGUACGAGGACUCAUAUCAUGGUGCCGUACACCAACACCCCUGCAGAUGAGGGUGCUGAGGAUGACAUCGCCGAUGCGUUCGACGAGGCGCAAAGGGUUGACAAACAGGUUCUUAGGGCCCCCUUAAAUAGAUAUGUGUCACAACAGUUGUCUAACUACUCCGAGGAAGCUAGUAGGCAACUAUUCCGGAGUAGAGACGACAAGAGCAACCCUCUUCGCAGCUUUGUCAAGGUACUUUCGAUAAAAUAA